GAAAUAGACCCAAUUAGGAAUCCAGGCACGAUGUUGAAAGUAUAAAUAACCAAAUCCAGUUUCGCAGCUUCACUCUCAGCUGCUGCGGACUAGGGUUUUUGCUGCUACCGCCCUCCACACACACGCACACACACACUUUGAUAGCGCGCAGCCAUGGCGGAACAGACCGAGAAGGCUUUUUUGAAGCAGCCUAAGGUGUUUCUUUGCUCGAAGAAGACAGGGAAGGGUAAGGCCCCAGGAAAGGGUGGGAACCGCUACUUUAAGAGCAUUGGGCUCGGAUUCAAAACACCCCGCGAGGCUUCUGAAGGCACAUACAUUGACAAGAAGUGCCCCUUCACUGGUGAUGUAUCCAUCAGAGGUCGUAUCCUUGCUGGAACUUGCCACAGUGCUAAGAUGAUGAGAACAAUCAUCGUGAGACGGAACUACCUGCACUGGGUGAAGAAGUACCAAAGGUAUGAGAAGAGGCAUUCCAACAUCCCUGCACACAUUUCCCCAUGCUUCCGUGUGAGGGAAGGUGACCAUGUCAUCAUCGGUCAAUGCAGGCUAGUACCAUAUACUCAUUAUCAAUUUCUUGUGUUAUUAGGAAAUCUAGAACAUACAGUUUAUGAGCAUUGUUAUUUUCUUGCAGGCCGUUGUCCAAAACCGUGAGGUUUAAUGUUCUUAAGGUGAUUCCGGCUGGUUCUUCUGGUCUUGGGAAGAAGGCUUUUACGGGGAUGUGAGUUAGGCGAUAUGAAGUUUGCUCUUAGUUGUUAAGGAUUUUGAAUUUCUAUUUUCAGUUGGAACUGUUAUGAUCUACCUUGUUUUGACAUUCAAAAUCUUGAUAUUUUACGAAUGUUUUCUAGUUCCAGUUCCAUUUUUGUGGUA